AUGGCUGCUGAAAGAGGGAAAAUACAGACAGACAAUUAUAGACAAUUGCAGUUGUCCCAUGAAAUGUACGUCGAUGACAAGUAUAAACUGAUUUACUGUCCUGUUCCCAAAGUUGCAACAUCAAAUUGGCGAAGAGUGCUGAUGGUAAUGGGAGGGCGCUACAACAGCACUGCUGAAAUAAAGGACAGUACAUGGGGUAUUUACAAAAAGAAAUUCAAACAACUUGGAAGCUUUGAUCUAGAAGGUAGAGUACGGCGCCUUCAAACAUAUACAAAAAUAAUAUUUGUAAGGCAUCCAUUUGAACGGUUGCUGACCGCAUAUCGCGAUAAAAUUGAUGGAAAAAAUUCGAAGAUACAAUCGUUUCAAAGUUUUGUGAGGUUUGUCUUAAGCCACCAGAAAAACAUUGACGUUCACUGGCAAACGUAUGAAGAGCUUUGCAAGCCUUGUGAUGUACAUUACGAUAUUAUCGGGAAGUACGAGACCUUUACACGUGACGCCAACCACGUGCUGCGCAAGAUCAAGGCUGAUGAUAUAGUGACCUUCCCGGACUUGGAACCGCAUGGAACAAAUACGUCAUUGUCUUUAUUG